UGUCAACCAAUGAUAUUGAUAAGAACACAGUUGUUCAGUUAAUUAUAAGGGGAGUCUGCUGAGCAUCUUCUGGGUGAGCCAUGUAAAAGCUAGCAUGUGAAGAAGGCUGUACAAUCAAAGGCAGUGGUUACAAAAUCUGCUUUUACUAAUUCCAAUAAAGAAAUGUAUAAUUAGCUAAAGGUAGCUGAUACAUUAAUAGCAAUGAAUAUGGAAAUGGCUACAGUAGCUACAAUUCAGGUUGAAUGUGUUUAUGAGCAGUUAGAGAAAACUCGGUGCAAGCUCAAGUAUAUUUCUGUUACUAAGGAAAACCAGUAAAUGGUUAAGAUGUUUUCUUUAAAGCAAAGAAUGGUUAACCAAGAAACAUACGAAUAGAUCCAGUAACAGUUUCAGGUUGGCAAACAUGCAUUCUAAAGGCGAUAGUUAGCUAAAAGUAAAGACUAACUUGCUAACAUAGUUAGCUAAAAAGAAACAAGUAUGUGGUUUACAUGUGUUCCUAAAAGAGGGAGCUUCACAGUUAAAAGUGUUAAACUUGUGAACAAAUCCUGCGGUUAUUGGUUAGAGGUAAGAACAGUUCUAUUACAUCAGGCCGGUUGUGAAAGCGUUUUCAUUAAAAACCCCUGUAGUCUCAACAGCGACGCCUGGUGGUGAGAUUCAGUGUUAUUCGAUCAAAGAGCCUGUGAGGGAGAUGGUAAUUUGUGUAUGCAAAAAGCCAAAUUAGCAUUCAGUUUUUAACAAGCUCCCUCUGUUACUGCAAACUAUAGCACUUUGUACUGUUUCACUUCAAACUGAGGUACUGCAAGGAAGCUUUACCAUUAUCCUCCUGUAUUGUCUCUCGGGAAUGUCACAUGCACUCAAAACUUAUAGUAGGUUUGUUGCUGCCCGUUUCUCUCCCCCCAUCCCAGGCAGAGCAGAAGCCCGGGGCCCCACAGUGACACAUGUAAAAGAAGAAAACGACGAGCCUUGAUUAACUGUAAAUAACUCCCAACGUGUUCUUAAACAGCACCUGGCUCUAUUUGCAUUUAAAUGGGAGGCAGCACUAUUACGUUAAUGCGUUAACACUCCUUAUCGCAACACCAUUACGCAUAGUUUGGUUAGUAGCUACAUAUUCUAUCUGCUCUGCUCACGGUUCUCUAUGUUAACUUGAAUAUAUUUCGAGGUAGAUAAAAUAAGGAUUUUUGAGUAAGUCCUGCCAGCUAUUUACGCGCUCUGGUGAAGGCCAUAGGAGAGGCUUACUGGAGGUUUAUGUGGGGAAAAGAAGGGAGCCAGACAGGCGACAGCGCUGUCUUGGCCUCAGGGCAGAGGCAGGGAACGAGCAGGCGAGCCAAUGAGAAGGAGACAUCCACUCCUCUCUGUCCUGCUCGGCUUGGCUCAGUUCGGCGCGCCCUGUAAUUAGGGGCUCUAGUUGGGUUGGGCGCCGCCACGGUGGACAGCCUGGCUGCUGCGUCAAGGGAGUUUGGGAACGCAAGCUUCAGACUGUGUGAGGAGUUUCUAAACAGUGCUGCUUCGGAGCUCAGAGCAAACCCGAUCUGAGACGACAACAGCGAGAUAAACGCCUGAAAAUGAACGGGCAGUCCUCACCUGUCUUCGAGGAGAAGAAGCCCUCCAUCCCCGUGGCCGGUGGUUCCAUCUCGGCUUCCAAGGAUUCCCCGACCAUGCCGGAGUCCUCCUCCACAGAUAUGGGCUUCUAUAGCGGCCAGAGCGCGCUCCACAGCUCGCAGGAUUUCUACCCGGCACAGCAGCCGUACUCUGCUCAGCACAUGAACCCGUACGCAUACCACCACUACAGCCUCAACGGAAUGGGUCCCGGCGGUGCCUACCCCGUUGGGAAGGCAGAGUACCCUUACCCCCAUGCAGCAUACAGGGAGCACGGAGCAUUCAACAGGGAGGUUCAGCCAAGUCUGCAGGACAGCGUGAAAGAAGAACCAGACGUGGAAGUUAGGCUGGUCAACGGGAAGCCCAAGAAGGUACGCAAGCCCCGGACCAUCUACUCCAGCUACCAGCUGGCAGUUCUGCAGAGGAGAUUCCAGACAGCCCAGUAUCUGGCCCUGCCAGAGCGGGCCGAGCUGGCUGCACAGCUGGGCCUCACACAGACGCAGGUCAAAAUCUGGUUCCAGAACCGUCGCUCCAAGUUUAAGAAGCUCUACAAGAACGGAGAGUUUCCGCUCGGUGAUAUUCCUCUUGAACACAGUCCAGACGCCAGCGACUCCAUGGCCUGCAACUCUCCUCCAUCCCCAGCUGUGUGGGAAAACAACAACAGUAGCAAUGGUAACAAUAACAGCAGCAACCACAGCAGCGGGAGCGGCAACAACCCAAACGUCAGCAACGGUAGCGUCAAAAAUAGUGCAAUGCUGGAUCCUACCAGUAGGGGGCAGGUUCCCUAUCAGCCUCCGGUGGAUUCUCCACCUGCCUAUAUGGGGGAGUACACACACCAGAACUGGUACCAACAGCAGGGUGCACACUUAGGUCUCUCACAGUCAGGCCAAGUGCACCACGCACCACCAACUGCUCCGUCGGCCACACAGAGUAUGGGAGCCGUCUACUGAUGUAGAAAAAUGGACAACAUUUCGACUGGAGUCCUGGGCUUCACCUGGGGCUUUUUUUUUUUUUUUGGAUGAUUCUGAGCUGUGCUGUGUGCAGAAACACCUGACAGUGAUCAUCAAAUCCGAGUCAUAACUGCAAAAACCCGAAACACAUGUUGUCACACAGGCUGCAAAUGUGGAUUGAAAACAAGUGUCGGCCUCAUUUACCCUCCACCGCUCACAAGGUGAACUCACAACACUGUGGGAGACCGGCGUGAUUCAAAUGGGUUUUUUAGUUCAGAGACUGACAUUUAUAUUCAAUAUCACUGAUAACAGUUCAUGUUUUGUUUAUAAAUAUUUGAAUUCUGAAUAUAUUUAUGCAGAAAAAUAUAGAAAUGCUCAGUAUUUCCCUCACACGUUUCUUCUUUCUGUAAGGGGGAGUUAGACAGACUUAUUCCACUAAAACUGGUAAUACUACUGAAAGUCGCCCAUCAAAAGAAAGCCUGCCACACUAUUUCAGCGCAGGGCUUGGAAUUGAUAUAGAAUAAGAAUAUGACAGCUUGAUGACCAUUACACGCAUAACAUAUCAACGCAACAGCGAAACAGAGGAGAAAAAUUACCAGCAUGUAAUUUCACAUUUGCUGGAAUGAAACUUGUUUUCCUCUGUGGAACAACAAAGCGGACUUAGCAACACAAGCAAACAGGUGGUUUUGGUUUGUGUGGAAGUGAAGAGCAAAGCUUGUGCUCUCAGUUUAGAGGUUUGGCUUAGACUAAAAGUGAUCCCCCCCCCCAUUCAGAUAGAGCCGCACCUCUUGUUCCAGUAUUUACACCAAGAGUUAGGCAGGUUAACCAGCUGCUGGUUGUAGCUACAAAGUCAGCAUCUGAACAUGAGUAUGAGCAGUGUAUUAAACUCACCUCUGGGGGCUAGUGGCUAAAAGCCAGAAUAGCUGCUUCUAGCCAAUAUAGUUAGUUAGAAACAAAGCUAAACUAGCUGAAAUAUGUUUUAAAAACACUUAAAGAUGCUCUUUUAAAAAGUGGCUCAUAUUCAAUCCACCCCAUAAUUUCAGUGCAUGGCAUGAUGCAGUCUGCCAUGUUGGUUGUGAAAAAUAUAUAAUCCCCAUCUGGUUGGCAAAUGAGUCCUGGAGGUUGCUUGCAGCCAACGGGUGAAAUUGGUCACAAAGGGGGUGCUGCAUCAAAAACCACUUUGUAAUUGCUCCAAUCAAAAGCAGAGUGCCACAGCUGCCUGUAGUUUGCAUAGGAGACGUGGACUUGUUUGCAAAUCAUACAUGGGAUAAAAGAUGAGUCAAUUUAAAAAAUUAAGACAGAGGAGAAAGUAGCUGGAAGCGCAGAGGAGGAAUCGGCAAUACUGGUCUCAAGUGUCAGUGCAGGUGGCGCUGAUCCGAAACAUAGUUGUAUUUAUAAGGAAGCACACAGCCGAUUAUGGCGUAAGUUGCAGUGUAGGGUUUUAAAAAGUUUAUAAAAGCAUAUAAGUAGAACUAAUCUAAGUUAAGAUAGGCUAAGCUAACUAGCUGCUAACUGUUGCUACACAGUGAACACACAUACUUGAGCGGAGUUUGACUCCUCUGCUGGAAUCCUCCACUCCCGGUCACAGAAUAUGCGUUGCAUAUCCAAAGACAGACAUAUUAUUCAGUUAAUCUUUUUUUAAUAAUAAAUGCCUCCAACAGAGGUUUGGUGCGCAGCUACAAAAAGUUAAAGGGCAGCUGAGCCUGAGCCAAGCUGUAAAAAUGCUAAUGCUUAAAAUACAACCUACAAGUGCCGUAAUUCACCACAUUGUAGUAUAAAUUCCCACAUCUUUUAAACAUCAUAGCCCGGCCUUUCUUUAAAUCUUAAACCGAGAUAACCCUGAUUCUAUCACUUUAGUUAUUUCCUCACACUUUUAAAGCCUUUUGGUGUUUUCGCUAGCUCAGUAAUACUUUUUUUAUUUUAAAAAACAAAGCAAAACAAAAUCCCCUGGCCUUUCACUUCCUAGCAAGUUGGUGCUAAAAUAUUUUUAAAAACAAGUUGUUUAUAAUCUUUCACAAGUGUGCUGUGCUCAGGUUUUUUAUUUAUAGUGUCAAGUGUAGAUAUGAAGUAGCACAACAGUUUGUGCCUUUGGAGCUUUUUUUCUGUAAAGUUGAAAAAGCAAAGCAAAAAUAAAAUGUACUAUUUUGUGUAUUUCAA